AUGAGGCUUAUACUUUUCCUCAUUAUUUUUAUUGUAAAACCUGUUCUGUGUGAACGUGAAUUUCUACCUAAACAUCGACAACCUUCUUGGCUUAUCAAAGAUAAUCCGAACCAAGGACCUAACUAUGCUCAACCUGAACAAAUUAAGUUGUCAUAUGGAGGGCAUCCGAGUAUUAUGUUGGUUACUUGGUUGACAUACGACGAUACUCUUCAUUCCAUCGUGGAAUAUGGGAAUAAGCAAUUGAGAGAGACUUCAGAAGGGAACUGCUCAGUGUUUGUUGAUGAACAGCCGCGGGCCAAGUAUCGUUUUAUCCACCGUGCUCGCUUGGAAAACUUAGUUCCUGGCGAAACAUACAAAUAUCGUGUGGGUAGCACAUAUGGUUGGAGUGCAAUUUACUAUUUCACACCAUUGGACGAAAAUCAGAGAGAAGAAGGCGGCUUUGCGUACGCUGUGUUUGGCGAUCUUGGUAAUGAAAAUGCGAGAUCUCUGGGAAAACUUCAGAAAAUGGCUCAAGAUGGUGAUAUUGAUGCUGUUCUACAUGUCGGCGAUUUCGCUUAUAACAUGGAUUCCGAUAAUGGAAAAGUAGGUGACGAGUUCAACCGUCAGAUUGAGCCUGUAGCUGCCUAUGUUCCCUACAUGACAGCAGUAGGAAAUCACGAAAAUGAAGGGAACUUCACUCAUUAUGUUAACAGAUUUACCAUGCCCAACUCGGAUCACAAUUUGUAUUACAGUUUCGAUAUUGGACCGGCUCAUUUCAUUGUUUUUUCAACUGAGUUUUAUUUUUUCACCCAAUAUGGUUAUGAACAAAUCCGUAAACAAUGGAGGUUUUUGCUAAACGACCUACAGCAAGCAAAUGCCAACCGUAAAAAGGUUCCUUGGAUCAUAACGAUGGGACACCGGCCAAUGUAUUGUUCAGACUUUGAUGGAGAUGACUGUACCAAGUAUGAAUCAAUUAUUAGAACGGGAUUACCAAAAACGCAUGCAUAUGGGUUAGAAAAACUUUUCUACGAAAACGGUGUUGAUAUUGAAAUUUGGGCGCACGAACACACAUAUGAACGUAUGUGGCCAGUAUAUAACAGGACAGUAUACAAUAUGAGCAUGUCAUCUUACUUCGAUCCUCCCGCACCUGUUCAUAUAGUUACUGGAUCAGCUGGAUGUAAAGAAAACACGGAUAUUUUUGUUGAACAUCCUCCACCAUGGUCAGCCAAGAGAUCGACAGAUUAUGGGUUUGGUCUAUUACGCAUUUACAACAAAACUCACAUCAACUUCAAGCAACUGUCGGCAGCAAAGGAUGAUAUUGAUGACGAUUUCUGGAUUAUUCGUACAAAGCACAAACCUUUCAAGGGAAGUGAUUUGCGAAGAUUAAAUUCCAUGGGAACAUAUAUUCCUUUGAGUCACUGCCAUCAUCCAUCUCAUUGUCCUAACACCAUUGAUAAUUUUAUUUUUUAUUGA